AUGGACUCUUUUGUUGCCGGUGCCGCAGCCGGUCUUGUAGUGGAUCUUACACUUUAUCCUAUUGAUACUAUCAAGACACGUCUGCAGUCCAAACACGGCUUUCACAACGCAGGAGGGUUCCGUGGUGUCUAUCGUGGUCUUAGUGCUGUUGCUGUUGGUUCCGUGCCUGGUGGGGCGGCGUUCUUUUUUAGUUAUGAUCUCACAAAGAAGGGACUGUUGGGAUACGGUGGCCGCAAUGGGGAAGAACCAAGCGCGAUGUGGCGUUUUACCUCUCAGGCUAUUGCCGCAAUGACAGGUGAAACGGCAGCGUGUUUAACUCGUGUACCUACGGAAAUGGUAAAACAACAACUUCAAGCAGGUCAUCAUCAUAGUAUAUAUCGUGCUCUUGUACACAUUACACAUCAUGUACCAGCAGAUACUCCACCUGAACAAGUUCCCAAACGGAUACGCUGGCGUGGUCUUCCUUAUCUUUUCAUGGGAACUCCUAUUAUGUUACUACGUGAGUUACCCUUUGCGGUAGUGCAAAUGUCGUGUUAUGAAGGUCUCAAGGCAUCACUUCGAACAGAAGAAUAUCCACAAUUUCUUCCCUUUUGUGGAGCCUUAAGUGGAGGUAUAGCGGCAUUUCUCACAACACCAUUAGAUGUACUGAAAACACGCAUCAUGCUUGGACAAGUUGCGCAUACAAAAGGAGCCGCGGCUUCACCACUUCGUGGAUUCGCUGUUGUACGUGCGGCAUUUCAUGAGUUACUGCACGAGUCGCCGCGGGUGACGGACAAGUGGGGACCGGCACAACGUUUCUUUCGUGGAGUUGUACCGCGGGUGAUGUGGAUUUCAAUAGGCGGAAGUGUUUUCUUUACAACAUAUGAGACCGUACGGCGUGCUUAUCGUGCGAUUACCACGUUCUAG